CAAAGGUAAAACAACGCGCGCAAAAUGGAGCAGCAGAUGUGGAAGCUGGGGGAAGGGACAUGCCAUCUUGUUUGGGCUGCGCAGAGGAUACCUGACGUGCUGAGCGCAUUGAAGGAAGUUGUGUACAACAGUAUUGACGCGAACGCUUCUGCGAUUGUGGUUGCAAUUGGCACCGACAACGUCUCUUUCUCGGUGAAUGACAACGGACAUGGGAUUCGUGGACUCGACCUCUGUGCUCUGGUGUGCAACGUUACUGCGACGUCCAAAAACGACACAAUGAACGCACACGGCUACAAGUAUAGGGGUUGGCGAGGAGAGAGUUUGCUUUGCAUCUCCAAGUUGUCAAGAAUCACCAUCGAGAGCCGAAAAGACUCAUCGUGGAACACCUAUCGCAAGAUCAUCCAUAACGGCAAACCUGAGUUCCAAGGACGCGUGUCCUCCAAGAAAUGCAUACCUGGGACCGUCGUGACAGUCCAAAAUUUGUUUGGUAACGUGCCUGCUCGCCAACGACAGUUGCUCGAUAAUGUACUCGUCCGCGCCAAGUUCAUCGCGAGCGUUCGGCUCUUUUGCCUCCGUGCCGGCCUCAUACACGGUCGCAUCGCGUUUGAUGUCAUCGACAAGCAGGGGCAUACCAGUGUCCUCCGACUUCCUGUGCUUUCCGAUGCUCGACAGCAGCUGGCGAGUCUCGUCGGCGCUGCGUGUCCUUCAUACAACGCGCUGGCAUUCGCAUCAACGCCGUCGGCUGUUGGCAACUCCAGCUUUCACAUCGACGGGGUCAUGUCUGCGAAAACAACAACGUUCUUGCCGUGGUCGACCGUGAACGUAACGCGGGCAAUGCAAUCGUAUCAGUGCAUCAGUUUCAACAACUUGUGGAUCGACGGGUUUUAUGCCCAUUGCAUGGGACUCUUGCGGCAACAUAUUCUCCAGCACAGAACAGCCAUCCCCGUCAUCAUUGCCAACGUGCAAUGCUCCCUGGACGAAUUCACGCUCGUGAACGAGCCAGAUACGCGGGUCGUUCUGUUUCGACAACCAGCAGCAUUUGACGAGUUUUUCCGUGCAUUUCUGGAGCUCGUCCUGCCACUGCCAUCAAAUUCAUGCGAUGACGAGAACGGUGUCGAUUCGGAUCAUCAAGAAUUCGAAUGGACCAGCGGAAGCUGUCGUCGCACUGACCAGGCCGGACAAUUCGGUGACACCUUCCAUGCCGAGCGAGAACAACUCGCUGGAAAAGCAAAAUCGAUUCACUCGAACACGGCGUUUGAUGAGUUUUCCAAUGCCAUUUGGACAUCCAUGCCGAAUCGCGUGACGAGUCGUACAGCACCGUUGCCACUAAUGGAUUCGAACACAUCAUGUAUCUCCGCCCCCGCCUCAUCGUCCAAGUAUUUUCGAUGCAAGCUAUCGAACCGAAAACAAUGGGAUGACCAACGCGUGAGCAAGACGGGUCAACCGAACAUGCAUCCAAGCUGCUGGAUGAAGCAGCACUUGUCUGUACUGGUCCAGAAUGCAAGAUCCUGUCAGUCGAUGGCGAUUCAACUCCCAUCGUCGAUGUUACAACAUCUCCGCGUCCUGCGCCAAGUCGACAACAAGUUUAUAUUGGUACAGUCCAACACUCCACCGCUCCUCCUGUGCAUCGAUCAGCACGCCGCGGACGAGCGCGUCAAACUUGAAGCCCUGGAGAAUUCUCUCUUGCACGACACGUUUCCAACUCGUACCCUGGACGAUGUACAACCGCUGCAUUUGAAUGACGCCGAAAAGAAUGUCGUGCGGCGUCAUUGGGAGUUGAUCCACCGCUGGGGGUUUCAAAUUGAGGUGGCAGAUGUCGAUCGGUGGGUCCUUGUAUCAGUGCCGGUCGUCGACCACCGGGAAGCGGCCUGUGACGACUUUUUCGAGUACAUUUGCCUCUUAGCUACGCUAUCCGCACAACCACCAACCAUUCGACCCCCCGUGGUCACUCGAUUCAUGAACUCCCGAGCAUGCCGGAGCGCCAUCAUGUUCGGGGACCCGUUGACGCGAGAGCAAUGCCAGAAGUUGAUUCGACAACUCAGCGAGUGUCGCCUGCCGUUUCAGUGUGCACACGGCCGCCCCUCCAUUGCUCCCCUGGUGCAGCUACCUCCUUCGGCGUAACUUGUCAUCGUGAGCCAUCCUGUUACCCGCGUCACCGAGUCCCCGUCGUUCACAUUGCAUCUAAAAUUCGUGCCACAAUUGUGCCACCAAACUUGUUCGUUGCGCAGAUACAUCUGGUAAAUAUUUAUCAAUAUUUCAAUCGAA